CAUACGCAAGGGGCGUGGCGGAGGCGUGUCAUAACAUAUCAGCGCUACUGUUUCAUGUGUCGAUCGAGCUCUGUUGAGAACUGCGCUCUCUCUGUGCUUCACCGGAGUAGACAUAAACAAGUGAUUAAAAGCUAAAGGUUUAGUUUUCUGCAGUAGCAUACGCGCUGUCAGGGCUACAUCGGCAGAUUUUUCUGUGGCUAACAGAGAGGAUAGAUCGCUCUUCUGGGAAGACGUCGAAAAGUAACUAAGCCUCACUCACUCGGCCACAGGUAGCUGUUUCGGCUCUGAAUAUCAAAGUACAGGUCAUGCGGGUGUCUUCGGACGGACAGAGAGCUGUGAUCCAGUGCUGCUGUUACUGCUAGUGACUCCGGUGGACUGAUCGCUUUUGCCGCAAGCUGAGCAGGAACGACGGAAUUAAGCAUGUCCCGAAGAAAGCAGAGCAAACCCCGGCAAAUCAAACAAACAGAUGGCGCGAAUCUUGGCAAAGCAAGUGAAAGUCCACUCCUGUACGUCAGCGUGUCCGCAGAGGUCCCGCCAGUGCUGCGCAAGCCCUGAGGCUCCCAGCUUAUCUACGGCUCCAGUGAUGCUGGUGACACGAGUCCCAUCCAGCCAGGCUCUAUUGGGGAUCUUAAUGGAGGUGAGGAUCCAUCUGAUGAUGUAAGCAUGUCAGGAGAGGAAGGCGGAGCUUCAGACCAAGAGGACUCUGCAGAGUGUGACGGUUCAAGUCCACCUUCAUUUACACCACUUUAUAACGAAGAGCCAAGAAUGCACGAGUCCAGUUCGGUGCCGGAUGAGGGUGGGGAGGAUGAGAAAGGACCAAAACACUGUGCAGAAGAUGAGGAGGAGGAAAUGGCAGAUGGGGAAGGGGAACCCCAGUGGAACGGCCCAGAUGAUCUUAUGCUAAGUGGCAGUGCUGAUGACUUCAAGGUCCUGGCCCUCAGGGACCUGUCAGAUGACACCGUGUGGGGCCCGUUUUCUGGCAGCAUCCAAUCAGGCGAGACCACAGAUGGACCUGCCAAUGAGAGGCCUGUAUUGUCUGUGGAGUGUGAGGAGGCAGACUGCUGGCUCAAAAGGAUUCCUGUGACCUCAAGCCCCACCGAGUCAAACUGCAUCAUCUACAGUCAGGGAGGAGUGUUAUUCUGCAAGCUGACGCAGGAGCUGUCCAGUGGUGAUGCACUUCUGGCAACGCUGUCCUGCUCCACCACAGAUCAGUCAGCGGUGACUCAGACCCAGAGUGUGCGGGUGAAGGAGGAGCCUGCGUACCCCGCUGCUCUGCACUCUGAGAUCCAGCUCCUCCCUCAGCAGGCUGGCAUGGCUGCCAUCUUAGCAACUGCUGUCGUAAAUAAAGACAUUUUCCCUUGCAAAGACUGUGGGAUAUGGUACAGAAGUGAGAGAAAUCUCCAGGCCCAUCUUAUGUACUACUGCGCAAGCCGACAGAAGCAGCAGACCUCGGCCUCUCCUCCACAGGACAAGCCUAAGGAUUCAUACCCUAACGAGAGGCUGUGUCCAUUCCCACAGUGUAACAAAAGCUGCCCCAGUGCAAGCUCUUUGGAGAUCCACAUGAGAACACACAGUGUAGAGCGUCCGUUUGUGUGUUUGAUUUGCCUGUCAUCUUUCACCACUAAGGCGAACUGUGAGCGGCACUUGAAGGUUCACACAGACUCGCUGAAUGGUGUGUGUCACGGCUGUGGUUUCAUCUCCACAACACGAGACAUACUGUAUAGCCACCUGGUCACCAGUCACAUGGUUUGCCAGCCUGGUUCUCACAGUGAGGUGUACUCACCCAAACUGCCUCUGGCUGCAGGCUUGAGUCCAGGAGACUCUGGCAUUGUUCUGAAAUGUCAAGUGUGCGGCUACUCCGCCGACACACCUGCCCUACUACAACAGCAUGUACACACACACCUGGAAGUGAGGGUUCCGGCAGAGAGGAGCCCUGCACCUCGCAAGAGCAGUCCUCCUUCCUCUGAGCUUCCAGAGCUGCAAGAGACGGAGCCUGCUGCCUGCGUGCCGCGACCAGACUCCUCCAGCCCAGGAGCCAAUGGGAGCUCAGCCUCUCAAGGCUGCAGUCCCCUCAACCAGCUCAAUAUCAAAGAGGAGCCACGUUCAGACUAUGAAAAUGACUCAAAGGAAGAAGAACAGGCGGGUAGUCCUGAAGGAAAUGCUGUGGAGGCAAGCUCAUCUCAGUCUACUUCACCUAAGAGCCCCACGGUGGUGGCGGUUAAGACGGAGCCAGCCAGUCCAACUCCAGGUUCCAGUCCCGUACACCCUGGAAUGGGCGGUUCUGUUCUCCCUGGAGGUGCAAUGUUUCUACCACAGUACAUGUUCAAUUCCGAGGCUGCCAUAAUGCCACAAGCAUCUGAGAUCCUGGCUAAGAUGUCUGAGAUGGUACACAGUAGGCUUAAACAGGGACAGGGACUGGCAGCUGGACAGCAGAGCUUCUACCCACCAGGCUCUCCUGCUAGCGUUCACAAAGGAGCCACGUGCUUUGAAUGUGACAUCACCUUCAACAACAUCAACAACUUCUAUGUCCACAAGAGGCUUUACUGCUCCGGCAGGCAUCAGCAAGGUGAGGCAGCAGGCCCGAUGAAGGAAGGGGCGGUCACAGCAGCUGCUCCGGCUGCCAUUCACGCUGCUUCACCCCAGGCCAGACCAGUCAGCCGCGCAGCUUCGGCCUCUCCUAGCUACCCUGACCCUGCCCCAAGAGGCACAGCCUUAGAGCCCAAGUUAGUGGAGGUGAAAACUGAGGAUCCAGGGCAGAAAGAGGCCACCUGCUCGUCAUCCUCAGAGGGAGAGGGACCUGGAGGAGGGCAGGCCAGUGAGGGUAGUCAAAGUCCUAGUGGCUCCACUGAAGACCCAGACGAUGAUCCCACUCGCACCUUCUGCCAGGCCUGCAACAUCCGAUUCAGCCGCCACGAGAACUACACUGUCCACAAGCGAUUCUACUGCGCCUCGAGACAUGAUCCCUCCAUCCAGAGGCCCAAUUCUGGUAAGACCGCCUUCCUUCCCCAACCUAUCCGCACACGCAAGCGCAAGAAGAUGUACGAGAUCCACAUGGCUCAAACUGAGGCUUUGGCCAAUGCCACUGCUUUGCCGUCAGCAACAAGUCUGGCGGUGAAACAAGAGGGCUCUUCCCUUCCUCCAUUGCCCCAAGUAUCCACUCCAACACGCAGCUCAAGUCCUGAAGUUGACGGACCCAUCGACUUGAGUAAAAGACCCAGACUAAGAGAAAGCCAGAGAGGGGGCAGUGUUCCCGCUCUGCCCCUUACUGACUACCACAAGUGCACCGCCUGCAGCAUUAGCUUCAAUAGCAUCGAGAACUACCUAGCCCACAAGACCUACUACUGCCCUGCAACUACCCAGCAACCGCACACUAUGGAACAGCUUAACCGGUUGAAGAGACCUGCUUCCACCUCACCAAAGAACCGUGCUGUCGACUUGCCCCCUGAUGCCAAAGGGCUUCAGACAGGUAAAACCGCAGCGGUUCUGCAUUCAUCCGCCCUACCUGGCUCUGAAUCCACUCCUCCACAUGUGCAGGGACCAAAGACACCCAGCACUUCCCCAGUAGUGUGUCCUUACUGCCCUCCCAACAGACCGCUGACCUGUAAUCUGAUGGAGCAUUUUAAAAUGACUCAUGGUCUGGUGCUCACACUACAACAACAUUCGGAGAUGCAGUCCUCUGGAGUCAGUCCUAGUCCCAGCCUUAGCCCACGGGAAGGAGCUCCUCUCACCCCACCUAAAAAACCAAGCCCUCUGCACCGUAAGGACAGUGUGAAUGGCCGGAGCAUCAAGGUGGAAGCAACAUCUCCUUCCUCACCUGUGCUUAAUGGAAGUCCGCUAGAAACCCAGUCCGUGGGGUCUGGUUCUCCAAAAACCACACCCCCUGCCCACUCCCCUACAGGAGUAACUGUGUCACCUGUGCCUGAAAUGUUAAGAGAGGUGAGGCAGCUAGGCCACACCCCAUUACCUACACUCCUCCCUGAAAAGGCAGGCCUUGCUGUAAGCCAUGUCCACACAACUCUGUCCACGCCUAAAACACCCCUCGCCUCUCCUCUGCAGAACGGGAACACCCGCUACUGCCGGCUGUGCAACAUCAAAUUCAGCAGCCUCUCCACAUUCAUUGCACACAAAAAAUACUACUGUUCCUCUCACAGUGCCGAACAUGUCAAGUGAGCCCUCUACCUAGUCAAUUCUGCCAUUCCUCUUAUGCAUAGAAGUGCCAAUCAUGGCACUGCCGACCUGAUCCGGACAGAGCAUGAUAGUGGGACUGUUACUAGCCAGAUAUGGACGUCUCCAUACCGACCAUGUUAUCUGGUGUUGUUACUAUGGUAACUUAUUACACGUUAUGGGUCAAGUUUGUAUUACACUAAGAGAUGAGACUACCUGCACACAGAUUGUGCCCCACUGACCUAUUCCCUCAUCCAUGCAGACUUCUUUCAUCUGUGAGUUUAUAAAUCUGCUGAUGGAAAGUGACAUCUUGCCCUAUAAUUUGCUUUGAAAAUGCUGUUUUAAUCACUCCUAUGUUUUUAUGUUUAUUUGAAUCAAUGAUGGCAUUGUAUAUUUGUAAAAGAUUGUUUGACUGAGCCAUUUUUGUUU